AUGGAGGCACAAGAGAAUCAAGUCCCCAAGAUGGAUCCCCUAAGCAUCUCCGAAAGGUCUAUACCAAUUGAUCUCCUCAUCUCAGUAUUCUCGAGAUUGCCCGUGAAAUCUAUCGCAAGGUGCCGUUGCGUCUCCAAGCAAUGGUCUUACAUUCUCCGCCGUCGCGAUUUCACCGACUUGUACCUGAAAACAUCAUCGACUCGUCCCUGUCUCUUGUUCAACCUCAAAUUCAACGGUAAGUGUCUCUUCCUCUCCGCACCUCAGGACCAGAUCAGCUCGUCUGUUUUAGUUGCCGAUCGUCACAUGAGUUUCUCCACUGAAGAUGCUUCUUGUGGUGUUUCACGUCCUGUCUGCGGAUUGGUCUGUAGUUUGGAUAUGAAUCCAUUGAUCUGUAACACAAGCACUGGGCAGUACAUCACUUUACCCAAUAUGAAGAUUGCAUCAAAGAAUGUCUACUUUGGAUAUGAGCCGAUCCAUAAAGUAUUCAAGGUAUUGCGUAAGUCCAAGGAAGACUAUCGAGUUAUGACAUUAGGAAGGGGAGAACUGUCGUGGAGAAUAGUUGAAAGUUUCGUACCACAUUCGUCUUUAUCUAAUGGAAUAUGCAUCAAUGGGUUUAUGUAUUACUUAGCUGCGCGCAAAGACGCUAGAUCACGUCUUAAACCUAUUAUGCUAGUUUGUUUUGAUAUUACGUUAGAGAAGUUCACCUUUCUUGAUGCGGACAUUAUGAUUUGGAGUGAAGCUACAAGCUUUGAGCUGUGGAUUCUAGAUGAUAUGGAGAAUGAGAAAUGGUCGAAGCAUGUCUACCAGUUGCCGUCUUCCUGGAAGAAUCUGGUUGGGAAACUUCAGGUGAUAAAUGUUGUAGGGAUGACUGGUGCAGGCGAUAUCGUGCUCGCCCCAGAGUAUUUGGAUAAUGAUCCUUUCUUCAUUGUGUAUUACAAUGUGGUGAAAAACACAGUCGGAAAGGCUAUAGUCCAGUUAGGAGUUGUUAUUCGUGAUGGUCAUCUGAUGAAUGUUCAGACUUUCAUGGACCAUGUAGAAGAUGUGAAGCUUUUGCAAGUGCUGGGCAGUUCUUAG